CGCGGCGGGCGUCAGUGCGCGUGAGAGCUGGAGGCGAGCCCGCUGCUGUGCGCCCGGAGCUCCGCGGACCCCGUCGCUGCAGACUCAGCCAUGAGCUAUCCCGGCUACCCGCCACCUGCAGGAGGCUACCCGCCCGCUGCUCCAGGUGGCGCCUGGGGAGGGGCGGCCUACCCGCCGUCCACCAUGCCCCCCAUCGGCCUGGACAACGUGGCCGGCUACUCGGGGCAGUUCAACCAGGACUACCUCUCGGGCAUGGCCAACAACAUGGCGGGGACCUUCGGAGGAGCCAACGUCCCUAACCUGUACCCGCAGGCCCCUGGGGGCGGUUACCCUCCCAUCCCCCCUGGGGGGUUUGGGCAACCCCCUCCUGCCCAGCAGCCCGUCCCUCCAUUCGGCAUGUACCCGCCCCCUGGGGGGAACCCACCUUCUGCCAUGCCCGCAUACCCGCCCUACCCAGGGGCCCCGGUGCCGGGUCAGCAGCCUCCGGGAGCCUAUCCGGGCCAGGUGCCAACAGCCUACCCUGGGCAGACCCCCAUGCCACCUCCCAGCCAGCAGCCCGUGCCAAGCUACCCAGGAUUCCAGGCGUCUGGGCCUGUCACCCCCGCCGUGCCCCCUGUUCAGUCUGGAAACCGAGGGACCAUCAUGGAUGCUUCUGGUUUUGAUGCUAUACGGGAUGCUGAAGUCCUUCGCAAGGCCAUGAAAGGCUUUGGGACUGAUGAGCAGGCCAUUAUUGACUGCCUGGGGAGCCGCUCCAACAAGCAGCGCCAGCAGAUUCUCCUGUCCUUCAAGACGGCCUACGGGAAGGAUCUGAUCAAAGACCUGAAGUCUGAGCUGUCGGGGAACUUUGAGAAGACCAUAUUGGCUCUGAUGAAGACCCCCGUCCUCUUUGACGUCUACGAGAUAAAGGAGGCCAUCAAGGGGGCCGGCACGGACGAGGCCUGCCUGAUCGAGAUCCUCGCCUCCCGCAGCAAUGGCCACAUCCGGGAGCUGAACGCGGCCUACAGGGCAGAGUUCCACAAGACCCUGGAGGAGGCCAUCCGCAGCGACACAUCCGGCCACUUCCAGCGGCUGCUCAUCUCCCUGGCACAGGGAAACCGGGAUGAAAGCACCAGCGUAGACAUGUCACUCGUCCAGAGAGAUGUCCAGGAGCUGUAUGCAGCCGGGGAGAAUCGCCUGGGCACAGACGAGUCCAAGUUCAACGCGAUCCUGUGUGCCAGGAGCCGGGCCCACCUGGUGGCAGUCUUCAACGAGUACCAGCGAAUGACAGGCCGGGACAUCGAGAAGAGCAUCUGUCGGGAGAUGUCGGGGGACCUGGAGCAGGGCAUGCUGGCCGUGGUGAAGUGUCUCAAGAACACGCCAGCUUUCUUCGCUGAGAGGCUCAACAAGGCCAUGAGGGGCGCAGGGACGAAGGACCGAACCCUCAUCCGCAUCCUGGUGUCCCGCAGCGAGAUCGACCUUCUGGACAUACGGGCCGAGUACAAGCGCCUGUAUGGCAAGUCUCUGUACCACGACAUCACGGGAGACACGUCGGGGGAUUACCGGAAGAUCCUGCUCAAGAUCUGUGGCGGCAACGACUGAGCGGGGCAUGGGGCCUGCUCCUGUCCACCCGCUGGCAGCGUGGACACUCUCAGAAGGCCCGUGUGCCCCUCACCGUCCCCCGAGCCACCCCAGGCCGCGCCUUGUCUCAGGACUCAGGACUCCCCCGCCCCCCGCGGCCCCCGUGCUCACGUAGAGUAACUCACGCCGUCCCUUUGCUGUAGCCAAGACUCUUGGCCUCAUUUCCCUCGUGCGAUUUUGUGUUUCUAUUGGGUCACUCUUUUCUAGUCACCAGGAGACAGAGGUAAGCGAUGUCUCUGCUGUGUCCACGAGGGGCGCAGUGGGGGGCGGCAUGGGUGGUGCUGAGUGGCGGGUGCAGGUGGCCAGCAUCGCCACGGUCCCCGCUUUGCACAAGCACCGCUGCCAAACAGCCACGACUCCCCCAUUGCUCCUCCGGGCAGAGCUGCGCACGCAGCCGACUCCCGCCAGCCCCGGGCUUCUGCCCCUUGGUAUAUGCCUUAAAUGAAUGUUGAUCGCCAAAAGCCAUUUGUAAUUAAAGGCAGCUGGUGCUGUAAAGCCCUGGAAGCA